GUUGCAUCUCAUCAGAUUCCUCGUCAGACUCGCGUUAUUGUUUUUAAAACUCAUUCGCUUUUACACAUGUUGCUCUGAAUUAAGGUUGCAAGAUCAGAAAAACUAUGAUGGCUAAUGUCUGAUAUCAAAAGAGAUACCUGAGAUGAUGAAAUCAUCAGUCAAAUCUCUUCAAGUGUGACUGCCAGGCUACUAAAGCGUAUUUGUAUUGAAACCACAAACAUAUAUUACUACUCAUGGAUGGUUAUCAUCUGCACAGCAUGUUCGCUACUCAAUCUUAACCUCAUAACUUGCACAAGGGACUCUUACACCAUGACCAACGUUCUUCCAGCAGAAGAUAACAUCAGUUUAACCUUUUUUCCUGAGAACUGUCCCAACUGCACUGCGAUACCUGCAUUUGACAUCACUAAGACGCUGGCUCUGGGCCUGGUGCUGAUGCUUUUUAUAAUAUUUGGUGUGAUGGGCAACAUCCUGGUCAUUCUCUCUGUGGUGUGCCAUCGCCAUCUCCGUUCCAUGACGCAUUAUUUUAUUGCCAAUCUGGCCAUUGCAGACCUGCUUCUGAGCUCCAUGGUGCUCCCGUUUUCCGCUGCAUCUGAAGCCUUGGGCCGUUGGGUGUUCGGUCGUCAUUUAUGUAAUGCCUGGACUGCGCUUGACGUGCUGUGCUGCACGGCGUCCAUCCUCAGUCUCUGCGUGAUCUCUGUGGAUCGCUACAUGGCCGUCAGUUACCCGCUGCAGUACCCUUCCUUGGCUACAGGUCGAAGGGCACUGGCAGCAGUGGUGGCACUAUGGGCUCUUUCGGCUGCCAUCUCCAUUGGCCCGCUGUUCGGUUGGAGGGAGCCCAUGCCGGAGGACGAGUCGGUCUGCAGAGUGAAUGAAGAGCCAGGAUAUGCCAUCUUCUCCGCUGCAUGCUCCUUCUACGUGCCGUUGACAGUGAUUUUGGUAAUGUACUGCAGAGUGUAUGUGGUGGCCCGGCAAAAGACUCGUUCUAUGAGGAAGGGCUGGCAGACGAAUGAGUUAAAUGAGCACGGAGUGACCCUGCGGAUCCACUGUCACAACGCCCAGCAGGCCGCUGGGGAGGAGGAAAGAGUGCGCUCGAAGAACUCGUGCUUCGCCUUCAUGCGUCUGCUCAAGUUCUCCCAGGAGAAGAAGGCUGCCAAGACUCUGGGGAUUGUGGUGGGAUGUUUUGUGCUCUGCUGGCUGCCUUUUUUCCUAGUGCUGCCCAUAAGCUCCAUCUUCCCAUCCCAUAGACCCCCGGACACUGUCUUCAAAAUUACUUUCUGGCUUGGCUACUUAAAUAGCUGCCUCAACCCCAUCAUCUACCCGUGCUUCAGUCAGGAGUUCAAGAAGGCCUUCCAGAACGUUUCUCCAUGGCCGCUGCCUCAGAAGAACACACACAAGAUCUGGAGCCCUCCGCCCUCUGCUCGAGACCCUAUGCAUGGCCCCAAAUCUCCACAGGGUUUCCCAUCUACAUCUACUGACUCCUGGAAGCAUACUGAUGCAUCGCCUACCGCGAAUAAGAGCUCGUUUACUGCACAUAGCAACAGUGCUGUGAAUGCACCUGAAACAUCUCUGACAAUGAAAGUUCAUCAGGUUUCCAUAUGCAAGAUGGACGGUGAGGCUGUAUGAACUGUUUUUGAAAGUAUAAAAAGAUAACCUUUCAAAGUAGCUUUCAAAGACUUCUUAGCCUGGUUCUGAACCUGGAACACGAAUGACCAGAGAUCUGGCUAAUUCUUGUUUACAGGAGCACCAUCUUGUGGCAAAAUCUGUAAUAUGCAUCUGCACUUUUGUGAAGUUUAACUGUGAGGAUUCAUACUUUGGACUGUAAAAAUAAAAAAGCUUGGUAAUGAAAUAAUUGUGGACAGAACCAUUUGAAACAAGGUCUUCAAAACUUGUUCAAACACAAAAGACCAAUAUACUGUGGUAAUAUGAAGGUUGAAGUAUGAAGAUUUUUUACAUGUGUUUUUCCCAUAUUUUGAAUUACACACUGCAUUGUAUUUUGUUUUAGAGAUGAAGGAAAUGUCUGUAAACUGAACAGAAGUUGUACUGGUUCUGCCUGGACAGCACAGAGUGUACAAUAGGGUCC